CUGCGAAACAUGCCGCUGGGAAGAAUAUAAAAUGGCGGCGUAGCACCAGCGCAAAAUGACCUUUCUUCAUCGCUUGAGAUUUAUAUCGUCACCUUUCAAUUAUUUGGCUUUUCAGAGAAUUUCUUCCAUACGUGGAGGAAUUUCUUCAGCCUGGCCUCUGGUAAAGCUCCCGACGAGAUAUUUACGGCUAUGGUUUCCUGUUUUUAAAGCAGAAGUAGAUAUUACUGCUGACUCCUGGUCAAGUGGAAGAAAGUAUGUCAGUGGUUUUGAAGAUAUUGAGGAACUCCAUAAUGCCCCUGAAGAAGUAAAGAGAGUGUUUAGUCUUCAAAAUGCAAGUCAGUGGGAACACCGUAAAAUUGGUCUAGGAAAGAUGGAACAAAAAUAUGCAGAUAAAUAUGAACAAAAAAUUGCAAAGUUGACCAUUCAAAUUGAGGCAGUGAAAGCAAAUAAUAAUGAUGGAAGGAGAGGAAGAAAGGACAUAGGGAAUAAAGUAUUUCUUUCUUGGCUGAUUGCACAACGAAGAAAAAAACUACUGAACCUGAAAAACCUUCGUUUUGAGCGCUACCUGGAACUAAUAAAAGAACUUGACAUAGCUCCACUGGAGAGCCCGCACACAAAGUGGAACAAGUACAAGUUUAGGCAGUUUAAGAUGGGUGUAGAAAUCAAGGAGAAGAAGCGGCCAUAUCUACGGCGUGUAUAACGAUGGAAAUAAACGAUAAAUUUUCGUUAUAA